AUGGCCAGUGCCUAUGGUCAGUCAGCGCUCGCAAUCGCCACAGCCGCAUCCACUAAUGCCUCCGCUGCCAAUGCCAUAGCCACAGUCGCCGCCGAUUCGUCCGUCAGGGAUAUGUCUGCAGCGGUGGAGAAUGGUUUGACGGUGCCACCAGCAUCUACAUCCACAUCGCCCACCCCGCCCUCAACGCUGAUGCAUCAUUCGCAUCACCUAUCGCACUUGCAACUCGCGCAUCACCACCAUCAGCAGCAGCAACAACAACAGCUGCAGCAGCAAUUAGAACUGGAGGCACCGCCGCCAGCCAGCGCCUCGAAUUUGUCGCUGACGCACCAGUUGCAUGCGCAACAAACGGAGAAUGGCGGCGGGAAUUUACAUAACGGUGCCGGUGGUCUACACGGGCAGACGCUCGAGAAUGGCGGCGGCGGCGGCGGUGUCAACAUGCUGCACAGCUACGUGAAUGGCCUGAAUGGGCGGCCAAGCCCCACGGCUUCCGGCUCCUCCGGGGGCAGCCGCUCUUCAGCGCACUCGUUGCCGCUGCCCUCGCACUCGCCCGCGCUGCAACAUCACGCGAAUGGCGGCUAUCUGCAGUCGGCCAGCUGCGCUUCCGCGCUCACAGCCACCGCUACAACGGUCGUGUCCUCGGCCAUUAUGAGUCGACUAGGAGGCGGCGGCGGCGGUGUUGGCGGCGUUAGUCACAACGGCGGCCUGGCGGACGCGAGCAGCAGCGGUCGUGUUAGCGAUGGUAUAGGCGUUGGUGGUCCUCUAGCGCUGCUGCACCACCAUCAUCAGCACCAUCACCAUUUGGCGCCACAUCAUCACCACCACUCCAUAUCGCAUCAGCACCUCCAUCCGCACGAUGCAUCCGUAGGACUCUUGGAUAUAUCCACGUUGUAA